CAGCUGUUUGCGUGGCUUUUUGUGUUGGCACGCUUUUUAGCUGAGGUUUAUUGAAUUUAUUAACUUAACUAUGACCAAUUCCGAGUUCCAGGCGGUGGUUUUUGCCGCGGGGCGUGGCACACGCUUGCCCGAGGUCCUAGGGGAUGCCCCCAAGUGCCUGCUGCCCGUGGGCCCGUAUCCCCUCGUCUGGUAUCCCCUGAAUCUGCUGCAACAACACAACUUUUCAGAGGUAAUUGUGGUGGUUCUGGAGCAGGAGAAGCUGGAGAUCCAGUCGGCCCUGGAGAACACCCCUCUAAAACUCAAACUGGACUACGCCACCAUUCCCAGCGAUGGAGAUUUUGGGACUGCGGAUAGUCUGCGCUAUAUAUACGACAAGAUAAAGUCGGAUUUCAUCGUCCUCAGCUGCGAUUUGGUCAGCAAUGUCAGCCUGUAUCCGCUGAUCAACAAGUUCCGGGAACACGACGCCGCCCUGGCGCUGCUCCUCUUUCCCAGUGGUUUUGAGUCUGACGUGGUGAUGCCGGGUCCCAAGAGCAAGCACAAGCCGGAAAGGGAUGUGAUUGGCAUCCAUGCGGCCACCCAGAGAUUGGCCUUCGUCUCAGCGGCCAGCGAUUGCGAGGAAACCUUGAAUAUCCAUCGGCAUUUGCUCAAGAACCGGGGAAGAUUGGAUGUCUACAGCCGCCUGGUGGACGCCCAUGUCUAUGUGCUGAAAAAGUGGGUCAUCGAUUAUCUGAGGAGGAAGGAGAACAUUUCUACUUUUAAGGGAGAAUUUCUGCCCCACUUGAUCAAGAAACAGCACUCGAAAAAACCUUUAAAGGCGGUGCAGGAUACCACCUCCGAGGUGGGCGUGGUCACCAAGAAUGAGGAUAAUGUCCUACACUACGUUCCCCAUUCAAUCCUCGACCAGAAGAUCACGCAGACCUCUCUGUUCAACCAAUCUCUGUCACAAGUUCCCUAUCACGGCGACGUGGUGCGCUGCUAUGGCAUCCAGGCGCCCAAAGAGGCAAUUGGGGUGCGGGUGAACAACACUCUCAGCUUCCUGGCCAUCAAUCGCAAGUUGGCGAGCAUCUGGAACGAGCUGUGUGGCGAAAAACAUCCACUAAUCUCGCCCGGAGCCCUGGUAAAGUCCACCCAAACGAAGGAGAUCAUAGCGGCCGACAAUGCCAAGUUGUCCGAGAAGACUUCACUGAACUACAGUGUCUUUGGACCCAAUUGCGUAAUCAACCCGAAGAACAUUGUGGCCAACUCGCUCAUCAUGUCGAAUGCCGUCGUGGAGGAGGGCUGCAACAUCGACAACUGCAUCAUUGGCCACCGGGCGCAGGUGAAGAGCGGCUCGGUACUGAAGAACUGCAUAAUUGGGCCCAACUACGUGGUGGAGGAGGGCACCCACAGCCAGGCGGUGCACCUGUCCAACGCUGAUCAGUUCAUGGAGAUAGACAUACAGUGAGGAGCUAACUUAAUGUGGCUUCCUUUAUUAACGAAUUGAGUUAGAAGGCGGAUUCUUCUAGCAGGACAUUAAAUAUUACAAAUAGGUACACAAAACGAGA